AUGCCUGGAUACACAGUCCGUAAAUCCGUCUCACGAUGGCUUUUUGUCGCUCAGCAUGAGCAGCUAGUUUGCCGUAAUUUCCGCUUGAGCAGUCGCUCCUAUGCGACGCACAAGCUCAAGGACGAUGCUGCAUUAAGAGUCAACCCCGUGGGAAUACAGUACUUAUCGCCAGCUUUACAGUCGCAAGUAUUUCCUGGGAAAUCUCGUAGACCGUCCGAUUUGUAUGUGGAGCUUGCAAAGCUUCAUCUACAAAAACAUGAUCUCUCAAAUAGGAAGACCACGCAAUUACCGUCGUAUAACUUUCGUCUUCCUGCUUUACAAGGAAAAAACCUAACUGAACACUUUGAAACCAUCGGCCGCGAAUGUGCAGAACCUCACCUCACGAAUGCACAGUCGUUUGGUCUAGUUUCCUUGCCUUCCAUCCCCAAGAAAUGGCUUCAUCAGCCCGGUUGGACCAGGUACGGUUCCGACGGUACUGUGGAACAGGUCCCUUAUCCCAAGGAGGCCAUGCUCGUUUUUGACGUCGAAGUUUUAUAUAAAGUAUCGGAUUUUGCUGUCCUUGCCAUUGCUGCUUCUCCCAACGCUUGGUACUGCUGGCUAUCACCGUGGCUGCUGGGAAAAACAGAGCAGGAUCGACAUCUUAUUCCUCUACGGCCGGAGGGACAUCUCAUUAUCGGUCAUCACAUCAGCUUCGACCGCCAAAGAAUUUUACAGGAAUACAAUCUGACACGAUCCAAUAAUUCGUUCAUCGAUACCAUGUCGUUGCAUGUAGCUACUAAUGGAAUGUGUUCACGACAAAAACCCACUUGGCUAAAGGCUAAAAAGGCUUUUAGGCAAAGUAUUAGUAAAGAAAGUGAUGAUUCGGAUGAAGGUCCUUCUCAAAAUGAAUUCGAUUACGAAAAUUUCAUUGAACAGGAACCUUGGCUGCGGCACGUCUCUGUCAAUUCACUUAAAGACGUAGCGAAGUUCCAUUGCGACAUUGACAUGAGUAAAGAAACGCGCGAUUUAUUCUCUGAACUUGAUAAAGGGGUGGUUUUACAGCAUUUGGAUGAGGCUAUCUCUUAUUGCGCUUUUGAUGUCCAUGCCACUCAUAAAGUCUAUCAGAAGGUACUUCCUCAAUUUCUUGAAGUUUGUCCGCAUCCGUCGACUUUCGCAGCUAUGCUACUCAUGAGUACAAGCUUUUUGCCAGUAAAUAAUUCUUGGAAACGCUAUAUCAAUAACGCUGAAGAUUGCUACAAAAGCAUGUCUAAUGUAGUUAUAGAAAAACUCUCUUAUUACGCCGAACAAAUGAAGGAUCUUCAGGGGGAUGACAAUGCAAUUGCUAAGGACCCAUGGCUGCGUCAGUUAGAUUGGAGUCCUUGCAAAUUGUAUCGCAAACCAGCUAAAUCAACUGUAAUACCCCCUGUUGUUCCAAAGUGGUAUAAAGCGGUAUAUGAAAAGAACUUACAAAAAGCUGUUGCGUCUGACAAGUCUCGACUUGCACCUAUUCUAUUGCGUUUGCAAUGGGAGGGUCACCCUCUGGUGUGGUCAAACGUUCAUGGGUGGGUUUUUGAAGUAGAAAAGAAUUCCCAAAAAGAUAUCGAUGAUCUGUUACGUCGUAAGUUCUUCCAUUGCAGCUGCGACCCACAAAGGGAUCCUAUAUUAAAAGCGGAAAGUUAUGCAUACUUUAAAAUUCCUCAUAAGGAUGGCCCUGAGGCAAGGUGUGGAUCUCCUUUGUCCAAAACAUAUCAGAGUUAUUUUGAAGAUGGAAUUCUCACCUCAAAAUUCGAAAUAGCAAAGAAUGCCUUGGAAAUGAGUACCUCCUGCUCUUAUUGGCGUAGCGCACGUGACCGAAUUAAAUCUCAAAUGGUAGUUUGGGAAAAAGAUGUUCAAUUUGGACUUACAUCUCAACCCGAUGGUUUUGGGAUGAUUCUUCCAAAGAUUAUUCCCAUGGGUACUGUGACUAGACGUGCUGUUGAGAACACUUGGUUAACGGCUUCCAAUGCGAAGAAAAAUAGACUUGGCUCGGAACUUAAGGCCAUGGUUUGUGCUCCUGAAGGAUAUACGUUUGUUGGUGCUGAUGUAGAUUCCGAAGAACUUUGGAUCGUUGCAGUCAUUGGUGACUCCCAAUUUAGUCUCCAUGGUGCCACCGCUCUUAGUUGGAUGACUUUGGAAGGUAAAAAAUCCGAAGGUACAGACUUGCACUCAAAAACUGCUGCAAUCUUAGGGGUAAGCCGAGACGCUGCAAAAGUGUUCAAUUAUGGUCGCCUGUAUGGCGCCGGAUUGAAACAUACAGCUUUACUUUUAAAGCAAUUUAACUCUUCAUUGGACGACACUCAAGCGGCUAAUUUAGCUAAAGCAUUAUACAAAUCUACCAAAGGAGUUCGCUCCGAAGUUAGUAAACGUCUUCUCGCUAUGGGUAUUCCAGAACAUCAUUUUUGGUCAAAAGGAAGUGAAAGCUUCGUAUUUAACAAACUCGAAUCGAUGGCUCAAAUGAAUUUUCCCAGAACUCCCGUUUUGAAUGCAGGAAUUACUCAAGCCCUAAGCACAAAUAACCUUAGUAGAAGUUCUUUUAUGACAUCCAGAGUGAAUUGGGCAAUUCAGUCAUCAGCUGUAGAUUACCUGCAUUUGCUUGUCGUUUCUAUGGAACAUUUGAUUCGCAAGUAUAAUUUAGAGGCUCGAUUGUCUCUAACAGUUCAUGAUGAAGUACGGUAUUUUUCCACAAAUAAAGAUAGGUUUCGUGUUGCACUUGCCUUGCAGGUUGCCAAUUUGUGGACCAGGUCCUUCUUUUGUCAUAGACUGGGAAUCGAUGAAUUGCCUCAAUCAGUGGCAUUCUUCUCUUCUGUCGAUAUUGAUCACGUUUUACGGAAGGAUGUUAAAAUGGAUUGUGUAACACCUUCCAAUCCAACGCCUAUACCGUCUGGUGAAGAGUAUAAUAUUGAUGCUUUACUUUGUCAGUUGGCUGAAAACCAUCAGUGUUUGGAAUCACUCGAGAGUGUGCCAAUUGAUGGUUUCCCAGAAGAUGAAACUAUUGUAAGUAAGGAAGAAGAUUUAAAGGCUUUGGCAUACUUAAAAGCUCAAGCUUUUCAUUGA